UCCGUGAACAAGAGGUUGCCUUUCGGUUGUCUGUUCCAGCAAGCGAACAGUUUUCAUUAACCCUUUAUCCACAAUCAAACCAUGUCGAUCCGACACACGGUCCUUGCUAAAUGUUCAUGUUGCCCUUAAACGGGGAUUUUUUUGUUCUUAUAAUCACACAUUAAUGAAUCACGUCUAGAUGCUGUAAAUGUGAAAUCCUGAAAUGUAAUUCAAUCAUUUGCUGCCACCUACCCGACGAGUUGUAGUAGAACAACUUAUAUAGAGUAAAACAUCGAGGCAUAUUAUAAGAUCGUUGUUUAAAAUGUGUUAUGGCUACAGGCAGAACAGACAUCUUAAGUGGUAUUAUUACAGAUUGUUUAAUGCUGUACAGAGAGGAGUAAAUGCAUGUACAGAAAUUACAGUUGCAGAAAUACUGUACUGUUAUGCAAUUGUAUCUAAAGUUACAUAUAUCAAAACAUUAAAAAGUCUUACUAAUCCCAGACAUUUGAAAAGGAAUUCCUUCCAAAUAUUACGUUUACAAAAACCAUAAUGACCUUCGUAUCUCAAACGUUUUAAGCUGUUAAGUAACUGUAUAGUUAUUAAUUCUUAAUUUAUCUGAGACUCUCUAUUAAAGAGACAAUCCCUCUGCUGAUGGUUCACAGAAAACCUCUUUUAUGGUUUUCUUUGAACCUACAACCUUUUGCCCAGAUCUUCAGCGAUAUAGGCUAACCAUGUGUGACACUAAUGACCACAGGACAAUAAAGCACAAUUCUAUGAAGUGUACAUAAGCAGUGGAAGGCUAAUGAUGAUCAUGUUUGGCUUUUGCUUUACUUAGCAGCCAACACAGCAUUUUCACAACGGGUUUUGGGUCAGUCACUUUGAAGAAUAGUGUGCUAAAUAUUCUGAUAGACAGUAAAUUUGAGGUUUGGAUUGUUCUUUGGACGUAAUGCAACCAAAGACCUACUGGUUGUGUCAUCUUUGUACAUUUUAUUUCUUGAUAUUAAUGGUGCAGUCACAUCAUUUUGGUAGGGCCAGGAAAUCAUGCAUUUGGUCUCAUAUCAACAUAGACUUUGCCCGUAUAUUCCUGUUAUGGUUUGUGAUUGUCUUCUACGCUUUAUUUGGGGCUGCUGUCUUCUCGGCCCUUGAGAGACCUUUAGAACUGGAGGCACACUGCAGAUGGAACAGACAGCUGGCUGAAUUUGUUCAGGAUCACCAGGUUCCCUCGGAGGACUUGCUUGAGCUGCUGAGACACUACGAGAAGGCCAUUGCCGCCGGGAUUCGAAUAGAAGCACGGAGACCCCGCUGGGACUUCUCAGGAGCUUUUUACUUUGUGGCAACUGUAGCCAGUACUAUUGGUUUUGGGAUGGCAGCCCCCGCUACGCUCAAUGGAAAAAUCUUCCUUAUCUUCUAUGGGCUGAUAGGCUGCGCAGCCACCAUUCUGUUCUUCAACCUCUUUCUGGAACGUGUGAUAACACUGAUUACAUUCCUCACACACAGAUGUCGAAAGCAAAAACAAAAAACUAGGCUAAGUAAAAGACACAUUGCCACCAAUAUGAAUACACAACCAGAACAUGGAGAUAGCCAGGAGGACUGGAAACCUUCUGAUUACUAUGUAACCCUCAUUUUGGCAACCGUUGUACUUCUGGUGAACUGUGGAGCAUCGGGUCUGUACUCGGCCAUGGAGGAUUGGAGAUACCUAGAGUCUAUGUACUUCUGCUUCGUGGCUUUCAGCACCAUAGGUUUUGGAGACAUGGUGAGUGGACAGAAGGCCCACUAUGAAGCACAUUGGGUCUACCAGAUAGCCAACUCUUUAAUGAUCAUCCUUGGCGUGAGCUGUACCUACUCUCUUUUCAGCAUCACAGCCAUCAUCAUCAAACAGAUGUUAAAUUGGAUUUUGGCCAAGCUGCUCAGUCUGCAUUGCUGCCGGUCUCAGGGCUGCUGCUCCAUCACAACUCUGAAAGUCAAAGAACCAGCCAAUCAGCAGAUCCGGAACACAAGCAACCAUUCUGGCACCUGUCAUGUGGUCAAGGCCUCUCUCCCCUCCGAGAGCAAGUGUAAGUGUGCCAGCACUGCAGUAGAAACCGUGUGCCAGAGCCUGGACACAGCAAACAGUUGCCCAAGCUUUGAACUCGAAAUCAGAGAUUCGUACAAACUUUCGAAGGAUGAUGCAGAGAAAGAGGUUUUCAGUGCUGUCAGCAAGAACUGUCACCUUAGUCAUCAUCUUAGUGUGCAGGAGGAGGCAUCAGCAGCAAGACACAAACAUUAAUGCAAAGCCCAUACUGUAAAAAGAAAUGUAGUAAAAACCUGUAAACUGUA